UUUCUGUAUUGAACACUAAUAUGGUCCGUGGCCACGCCAGCAUUUGUGGUUCUGGGCGGUUCGAUCGCCUUUGCUUAUAUAACUUGUUCCCUCAGUUGCGUUGCUUAGCGCAGUCAUUGAUACCCCGUACAUCCUCCCUUUAGCCCCCCCUCUACCAUGCCUGGCUCUAACUUCGGUCGAAAACAGCAAAUCGAGCGCGCUCUGACAUCGAGCAAGGAUAGUUAUGUCCUUAGUUAUUCCCACUUGAAAGGCCGGCCACACGAGGGAAAAGCUAUUCCAAUGCUCCAGAAGGUCGCGUCACUCGUCAAACCCAUCAUGCGUAAACAUGGUUGGACAUUACCGUUACUCUCGGAAUUCUUUCCAGAUAAUCCCAGCCUUGUUGAUGUCAAUGGUGGUGAACAAAUUCUGCUCAGAUUGCGCCCAGCAUGGGCUCCCAAUACAUUCUACGACGAAGGAGAGCUUGUGUCCGUCAUGCUCCAUGAGUUGACCCACAAUGUUCAUGGACCACACGACUCAGCAUUCUACACCUUUCUAUCCAAACUUGAAGACGAAUAUGCAGAACUGCAACGCAGCGGCUAUUCAGGCGAAGGCUUCUUCUCCAAAGGAAAAAAGCUAGGCGGUGGAUAUUCGCUUGACCUCCCGCCUCAUACCGCUAGACUCAAAGCAGUCGAAGCUGCCGAGAAGCGUGCCCGAGUUUCCAAAGUCCUCGGUUCGGGGGGCAACCGCUUGGGAGGAGCUGUCACGGCAAAAUCACCAAGGGAACUGGCCGCUGAAGCUGCCGAGAGACGUACGAGGGAUGAGAAAUCAUGUGGUCAUGGGCAGGGUACUGGGGGCGCCGAUGUUGCCAAGGUUGAAUCUGAAAAGGCCGCUCGGGAAGACGGAGUGAUCGAUUUGACAUCCUCUGAUGAAGAUGAUGAUAUAACUGUGCUCUCGGAUACCCCGGAGCCUGUCAAGAAGACUCCGCCCACCUCGUCCGGUGCAUCAACCUCUAGCCAACCACCACAACUUACCAACACCGGAAACCCUAGGAAGAGGCGUCUCUCCAUGGAUCGAAUCCCCCAAGAAUGGAGCUGCGCAGCAUGCACUUUUAAUAAUCCCCCAAUAAACACUCAAUGCGAGAUCUGUCUGACCCCGCGAGAGCCUUCUGAGCCUGAAGAGUCAAGUCUGAGCUGGACAUGCUGGGUGUGUGAUCAAAGGGGUAUGCCGCACGAAUUUUGGACUUGCACUCGAUGUGGAUGGGUGAAAGUUCAAUCCUAA